CGAGCGCCAACAACACAAAAUAACACAACAGGAAGACACGUACGACGCUUGCAUAGCUGCUUGUGCUGUACGAGCGACACGUAGCACGACACAACGAAAACGAAAUGCAUGCAUGAGCAACUACCAUGUCCUCCCCGCUGGCUCCCUCGAGAACUCCAGAACACGCGCCGCCUCCGCUGCACCAUGGACGCCGCUCAUUCACAGUACCUGCUCGAUUAAGAAGUAGCCCAGCACCAGCCGCAGCAUCAACGAAUAGCGCCGACGGUAUAGAGACGCUGGUCGUCUGUCCGCACUCAAGGAUCGUCUCCUUUGCAUCUGCAGGCGUUUCGGCUACCAGCGGAGGAAAUCAUGUCGCUUGGAAAACACCCACUGAGCGAACUCUUGCUGUUGGUGUCCUGCGCAUCUACCGCGUGACAGCAUCCAAUGUGUCCUUCCUGAACUCUGGCAACCUCUUGCACACCAUCUUCCCUCGAUCACAAUGCUGGUGUGUAGACGGACAGUCAGUCUUUGUACUUAGAAUCAGACAAGACUCGUACUAUCGCAUGGAGCUACCCUUUGACACGGAUGAGGACAAGGCCAAGAUCGAGCAAUUCAAGUCAGUGCUAAGCCAGGUCUUGCAGUACGAAAAGACCCAGUGUCCAUUCACACGAAGUUUCGAAGCUGAUCUGCCCGAACGCCCGAAGACGCCUCCGCGCAAACGCCCUUCUCAAAGGCCGACACAAAAAGCAAAGAAGUGGAUCUUGGACAAGACGUGGAUGCCCGAGGACGGGCCGCGGCCCUCGACACCUUUGCAAGAAGGUUCUGAAUCAGCCAACACAUCCUCUUACGAAGAAGACGAUCGGUCCAGUAUUCACACUGAUGCCAGUGACGUACCUAUUCCCGAAACACCUGGCACCGUCUUUGAGAAUACACCGCCACCAAAAGCCCCACGGAGGCUGUCAGUAGCUGAACGCGCACAGCUGUUUCAAAGCCCACGUUCAGUCACUGCACCGAUACAUGCAACAAGAGACAGGUCUUUGUCAUCAGUGUCCAUGAUGGGCUGCAUCCCAGAAAUAUCGAAGCAUGAAGAGAAAAACAAUGUGCAGGAGAUUAGUACUCGGCCAGUAGUGACCGAGCGUAAGCCCUCCACGGAUGCUGCUAGUCUAUUGUCAAGUACAGACUCCUUCUACUCGUUCCACACAGCUCGCCGAAGUCCUUCGCCACCCUUUUUGGAUGCUGAGGUUGAGAUACUCAACCCUUGGGCGACCAGCCUACCAAAGCAGGACAAUACGAGGGGUCGAGCUAGGCAUCGCCGUGACCUUUCAGAGCUCACUGUUCGAGCUACAUCUACAGAUCACGCCGAAAAGUCCGCUGCUUUGGCAUCUGUCGCACCACUACAGCCGAUCACAACGCCGUUGAUCGACGUACGUCCCUCAUCUGCACCUCACACCCCUCCACUGGUGAGUGACUCGGAUGAAGACAGUCUUGGUCAACCUUCGUUGGAUGUGCCUACGCCGCCUGACAUGAUCCGCAUGAGAAAGCUUACAGGCGCCUCACCGCGACGAGCGUUUUCUCCAAUGCCUCAGCCGCAGAACUUGUGCUUUCCUACCCGGCAAAAGCCAGAUCAGAAAUUCGCCACCGCUCUGGUCCGCAAGACCUGCGAGAUUGUUCUUGGUCCUCCGCAGCACCUUGUGUCGCUCAUGCUGCGCAUAGCAGCAAGCAUUUCCAAAGGCUUUCGCUUUUCCACUUAUCGUGUUCGACGAACUAAUAAUAUACCCGGCUCCUGGGAGUCCAGUGGUGAAGAAGAUGAGUGGGAGGAAGAUGACUUCGGCAUCCCCCUUAGUAACCUGGGGGAGCUGGGACGGAGGACAGGGUUUCCUGGGGAGCUGGAUUAAUGUUCACGCAUGACUACUUGCAUACUGUACAGACGAUACCAGGCGUUCACCUUUUUUUUUCAUUGGCAUUUACAUGGUUGGGCAGCAUGACGCAGUCACGGUUUGACUGCAUACGGUUUUGACGGAUAGGGAAAGAUACAUGAUUGUAAUAUCACGACAUACUUGAAGGAUGGUUCGGUUUCUGGUUGCGUACGAACUAAUAUUGACUGCGAAUGGGUGGACGCUUGAACGAGUUAUCUGAAAAAUUAAAUGUCGAGUUCAUUUGUGACAACUGAGAAAAGGACAACUGAUUUCGAAGCU